CUCAGGCUUUACUUCUCAGUCAGCAAUUGCACCAUGGUUCCUUGCAUCUUUCUUCUCCUCAUUGGUGUUCCUUUGGCUGGGGCCAUGGAAAGUAGUAUUAUUGGAGGAAAAGAGGUUAAACGUCAUUCCAGGCCAUACAUGGCAUCUAUUCAGUGCAGAAAUCAUCACACCUGUGGAGGGAUGCUGAUCAGAGAGGAUUAUGUACUGACAGCGGCCCACUGUUUGAAUCGUAGUGACUUCUCUAGUCGAGACCACUUUGAGGUUGUUUUGGGAGCUCACAACAUCAAGAACAAGGAGAAGACCGAGCAGAGGAUCCCAGUGAUUAAAUACAUUCGACAUCCUAUGUUUGAACGGAACAAUGAAAAGGACUACAGCUAUGAUAUCAUGCUACUAAAGCUGAAGAAGAAAGCCAAGCUGAAUAAAUAUGUGAAAGUUAUGCCUCUUCCUAAGAAAAAUGGAAAAACACCAGCUAAUGUUAAAUGCUCUAUAGCUGGUUGGGGGUCGAAAACAGCAAAUGGAAAUGAGAUAUCGGAUGUGAUGCGGGAAGUCAGUCUCAAACUGCAGCAGGACUCAAAAUGUAAAAUAUGGUGGCAGCAGUACUUCGACUCUGAGAGAAUGAUCUGUAGUGUAUCAGAUGGGAAACAUGCCUUUUUCAAGGGUGAUUCCGGAAGUCCUCUUAUCUGUAAUACUAAACCACAAGGAAUUGCUUCAUAUACCAUUAAGGAUGACUGUACAAAUACCACAUAUCCCCAGGUUUAUCUUAAAAUCUCCUACUUUCUCAACUGGAUUAAAAAGAACAUUAAAUAAGAAUGACUAAAUGAAUACUCUUACCACUGCAACUUUAAAAAUCUUUUUGUUUUCAUUCUGAGUUACUGAUAAACAAGUGAUAAGAUUUCUAAACUAACUGGAAACUGAAAGCUCUGAAAACCUUUGAAAGCUCUGCAAAUAAAAAUAAAAAUCG